AUGGCCACGGUACUCAGGCAGAGCGUGCGGCGCUUCGCAACGACGGCCGCACGCAGGGCCGUUGCCCCGGCCGCCGCCCACGAUCCGAGUCCGACCACGCUCGCCGUGUCCAAGGCGCAGGGUGUCGCCAAGGGGCUCACCGGCGCCAUUGGCAACACGCCCCUGAUCCGGCUCAACACGCUCUCGGAGCAGACCAAGUGCGAGGUGCUCGGCAAGGCCGAGUUCAUGAACCCGGGCGGCUCGAUCAAGGACCGCGCGGCGCUGUACGUGGUGCUGGACGCCGAGGAGCGCGGGCUGCUGCGGCCCGGCGGCACCGUGGUCGAGGGCACGGCCGGCAACACGGGCAUCGGGCUGGCGCACGUGUGCCGCGACCGCGGCUACCGCCUCGUCAUCUACAUGCCCAACACGCAGUCGCAGGGCAAGAUCGACCUGCUGCGCCUGCUGGGCGCCGAGGUCUACCCCGUGCCCGCCGUCGCCUUCGACAACCCGGACAACUACAACCACCAGGCGGCGCGGCACGCCCAGCGACUGGUGCGCGAGCACGGCGACGGCGCCUCGGUCUGGACCAACCAGUUCGACAACACGGCCAACCGCCGCGCGCACAUCGAGACCACGGGGCCCGAGAUCUGGACCCAGACGCAGGGCAAGGUCGACGCCUUCACGUGCGCGACGGGGACGGCCGGCACGCUGGCCGGCGUGACGCGGUACCUGAAGGACGCGAGCGGGGGCCGGGUCAAGAGCUUCCUGGCGGACCCGCCGGGCAGCGUGCUGCACUCGUACAUCCAGUCGGGCGGGCAGCUGGCGGAGCGGUCGGGCGGCAGCAUCACCGAGGGCAUCGGGCAGGGGCGGGUGACGGACAACCUGGCGCCGGACCUGGCGCUGCUGGACGGCAGCCUGUUCGUCAGCGACGAGCGCAGCAUCGAGAUGGUCUACCGCUGCCUCGACGAGGAGGGCCUGUACCUGGGCGCCAGCUCGGCGCUCAACGUGGCCGCCGCCGCCGAGGUCGCCGAGAACCUGGGGCCCGGCCACACCGUCGUCACCGUGCUGUGCGACGGCGCCUACCGCUACGCCGACCGCCUGUUCAGCCGCAAGUGGCUCGAGAGCAAGAAGCUGCUGGGCGCCAUACCCAAGAGCCUCGAGAGGUAUAUCGUGUUGCCGUAG